AUGGAGGACGAUAAAAUAGUUGGAUAUGUUACAGCGUACCUCAAGAAGAAGGGUUUCACGCAAACCGAGAAGAUUUUCCAGGAAGAAUUUCAGCACAACAAAACCACCAAUUCCUCUUCCAAUAAUUCCCUCGAACCCGACGCUGGCAACCACCUCCUCGCCUUCUCCCAGUACUUUUCCUUUCUCCAUCCUCAUAUGGUUACCCUCGGCAUGCUUCACUACCUCACCGCACUCACUUUCCCUCUUUCUAACCCUAUGUUUUGCAGAUUGGAGACUGGCCCCGCUAGGUUCCACGACGGUUACAGCAAACUGCGAACAUGGACUUAUUCUUCACUGGAUUUGUACAAGCACGAGUUGCUUCGCGUGCUUUAUCCCGUGUUUAUUCACUGUUUUAUGGACCUUGUGGCGAAAGGACACGUUCAGGAAGCUCGGAAUUUCUUCAAUACUUUCCGUGAAGACCACGAAAUGAUGCACUUGCGUGACCUUCAGAAGUUGGAAGGAGUUCUUUCUCCUACCCAUCUUCAGGAAAUGGAAUUCGCUCACUCUCUUAGACAGAGCAAAUUCAACAUAAAGAUAUGUGAGUGGGCAUUAAGGUAUUCCUAUGAGCUUCUGUUGCAACAUCUACACAGUACGCAAUCCACCACUAUACUUGGUAUUAUCAAUGAGCAUAUUAAUUUUCAAGUUUCCCCUGGACAACCUAGCUUAAUUUCUGAUGAUCCGGAAGCUGUUACCCUUACUGGAAGCAGCCAGGAAGCAGCAAACAGGAUAAAUAAAAAAGAAAUUCACUGGGGGUUACUUGAAGACUCCCUUGAAGAGCGGCUGGAGAAGGCAGGGGCCUUGCUUUCAGACUCUGAAAAGGGUGAAGGGGAAGCAAAGGAGGGAGAGAAUGACGAGACUAAGAAAAGAUCCAUCGAAGGAGGAAAGCAAGGUGGUGGUUCAGUUAAAAAAGUUAAAAAGGACAGGGGCGGUAGUGCAACUGGAAAAAGUGCAAAACCUGAAGCUAACACUGUACCUGCGGCUCCUCGAGUUAAGCCUGAACUCCCCUUACCCGUCAUAAAUUGUAUGGCUAAUGUAAAUGGCACAAUUCUAAACCCAACUGAGGUUGAACACUCCAUUCUUGAGGACUUAAGGAACCGUGUACAGCUCAGCAAUGUUGCAUUGCCAUCAGGUGAGAAUGACACAUCGCAAAAUGAUCAAAUGUUUGGAGAAGGUGGUGGGAAAAGACAGUAUACAUUGUUUCAAGGUCAUUCAGGGCCUGUUUAUGCAGCUUCUUUUAGUCCUGUCGGUGACUUUAUCCUUUCAUCCUCGGCAGACUCAACAAUUCGAUUGUGGAGCACCAAACUUAAUGCCAACCUUGUUUGUUAUAAGGGUCACAAUUACCCUGUCUGGGAUGUUCAGUUUAGUCCUGUAGGGCAUUAUUUUGCCAGCUCUUCACAUGACAGAACUGCUAGGAUUUGGUCCAUGGAUAGGAUACAGCCCUUAAGAAUAAUGGCAGGGCACUUGUCUGAUGUUGAUUGUGUGCAAUGGCAUGCCAACUGCAACUACAUUGCAACUGGUUCCAGUGACAAAACAGUUCGACUAUGGGAUGUGCAGAGUGGUGAGUGUGUCCGGGUUUUUGUUGGUCACCGGGGUAUGAUUUUGUCUUUGGCAAUGUCUCCCGAUGGUCGCUAUAUGGCAUCUGGUGAUGAAGAUGGCACGAUCAUGAUGUGGGACCUCUCUAGUGGCCGCUGUCUCACACCUUUGAUUGGGCACACGUCCUGUGUCUGGUCCCUCGCUUUCAGUUCUGAAGGUUCUAUUCUAGCCUCUGGAUCUGCGGAUUGCACUGUAAAAUUGUGGGAUGUAAAUACGAGCACCAAGGUUUCAAGGGCUGAAGAAAAAAGUGGGAAUGCUAACAGACUCAGAUCGCUGAAAACUCUGCCAACCAAAUCUACUCCAGUUUACUCGUUGCGGUUUUCUCGAAGGAAUCUUCUUUUUGCGGCUGGGGCUCUAGCAAAAAGUGGCUAA